AUUAUACAUUUGUCUUUUCUUUCUUGAUGUGUAGAUACCCAAUUCGAAAAGAGCAGGAACGAAUGAUUACAACAAAUCACCUGAUUACUGAUAAAAAGACAAUCUGCAUACGACGACAUUUCGAAAAGAACCGGGUUGGCAUCAUUUUAGUACCUAGCGGAGAGUGUCUCGGCUUCAUUUUCGCAGAUCUUAAUUGGAAUGUCAAAAAAGUGAGAGAAACUAUUGAUGGGCAACUUUAUGACCUCAACAGACACAUAAAACUGGAAUACACGUUUUUAGAACAUCAUGGCUGGCCACUGACUUUUAAUCAAGAGUUGAAGCUGACGUUGGUAGACAUACUCAUAGACAUGCAUAUUUCAAUUAAGCAUCGACCCGCACAGGACGUAGUUCCUUCUCUACCAGAACCGAUCCCUCAUUCAACCAUGCAGAUUACAGAAAGUCAGAACGAGCAAAUAACCGAAGUUGAUACUCCUGACUGUACAACACCUAGCCAAGGUGUUCGUAAAAAAAGGUCUUCGAUGUUUACCAGGCCUAUCUGUGUCUUACUUCUAAUUGUUCAAGCUCAGAACAAGUUUAAUGUCCUUAUCUUUUAUUUUCCCAAAUUUCUUGAAUUUAGAAGAAACUUUGUUUUUAUGAACACAGUUUUUAGGUCAAUGGAGAAUGAUGUGCAUGAAAUCAAGACUGGAUGUGAUUGGCAAGAUGCAUUGAAUUAUGCAAUUAGUCACUGCUCUGUUUUUGUACCUCUGAUCACUCCAAUGUAUGGAAAGACUCUGUGGACUAACAGAGAGGUGAAACUGGCCGACGUGCUUAACAAGUUGAUAAUUCCAGUUAACUUUCUUGACAAAUGGCCCCCAGAGUGCCUUGCGAUCCAGUUUGCAUCAACACAGUACAUAUCCUGGAAAACGCCAGAUAGUGAUCACAAUUGUUUCCAAGGAGGUCAUUUGGGAUCAUUUCUACAGAUGGGAAUGUACAAUUCCAUCUCUAGUCCUACCGAAGUUUGGUAUGACACGGGAAAAGAACAGGAAGACAUGGACAGCAGCAAGUUUGUUGUUAUCAGUGCCCACCCUAGCCAGAGACUACUGGCCCAUCAACUCAAGACACACUUGGCAAAGCAACAUUUAAAAGUUUGGUGCUCAACAGAAAUGUUUGACACUUCUGAAUAUAUCAUGGUGGAUUCUGGGAAACCAGUUUCUGCUUCGAACACCCCACAAGACCUGCCUACAAUUCCUGAAGGAGAGAGUGUGCUUAGUCAGCAUUACAAGGAGUUGUCCAGGUGUAUAGACAGAAGUAAAUACCCAGCGUCCAUCACCCAUAGUGAGUCAGAAUGUGGAGAAAAGAGACCACUAGUUCGCAUGAUCUCUCAAAUUAGCGACACUAGCCAAGGGUCAGUUUUAACCCCUGAAAAGAUGGAGCGGCUGAAGAUGUUCCAACAACAAGUGAAUCAAGCUGGUGUGGUCAUUGUGAUUGUGUCCAAGGAAUAUACCAGUUCUAAAACAUCACAACAGCAGGUAUUCUACAUUGAGCAUAGAAAACAAGUGAUCUUAAUAAAAUAUGACCACAGGCCAAUACCAUCGUGGUUCCGGAUGCUGAUAGGAAAUGACAUGAUCACACAAAACAUGAACAACCCUCAAUUCCUGUCCACUUUGAGUACAAGGAUAAAGAGAGCACUCUGUCCAGAUACAUCAAUGGCUCCUAAGGAAGGGGUAGCGGAAGCUAAAAUACAGUUUUGGGCGAGCUUGCUCAUGAAAAUGAUACCAGAUCCCAACAAUUGUGUUUAUAUUGCUGGAAGCAGUAAACUCAGUCGUCAUACUGAAGAAAUUUGUCGAUGUCGUGAUUUUACUGAAAAAUCCAAGCAGAAUCCUGAUGGAAGCUUUGAAAAUGUUUCAUAUGGAAAAACAGUUUUUGUAGGCGAAUCUGUAAAGGAACGAGAAACGGCUGUAGCUAGGGUAUUCAAUAUGUGUAUUGUUGUUGGAGGGGGAGCUCUUACAGCUCACGAAGUUUGUGAGUUCGCCUGGAAUGACCAUUACGUCAUACCGGUCUUUUCAACAGGGGGUGCUGCAGCUGGAGAAUAUGGAAUACCGUUAGUUAAAUACGAGGCUCCACCAGAAGUAUCUGAGAGAGACUGGGAUGUACUUUCGCAAGUACAUGCGACACCGAGGGAGGUUGCCAAGGCUAUAGUUGGAAUAGUCGAUAGCUUGAAGAAAGCCAUAGCUAAUCAAACAAAACUUAAUAUAGCAAAAAAUAAGGUGAAAGGAAGACCGCUGUUGAGGAGUAAGAAAAGUAAGGAUGAUGAUGGUGAACAGAAGAAGUCAUCUUCCGGUUUUGACAAUGCAGUGAUGUCAUUUAGUGAGGUGCAAUAUGUGGACAGAGAAAAGACAACUGUUAAUACAGAAAGUAUUUUGUGGAAGAAAAAAGCAGUUCAUUCAAGAUGGAGAAAACCUUUUCACCUGCUUAGAGUCUCUAAAGCCAUGUGAAUGAAUAUUUAUGAACUAAGCCUACAUAGAACACUCAUAAGAUCAUAAAGAUAUAUUAAAAAGAACAGUCUUGUGUGUUCGUACCUUCUGGCAAAUAAUGAGAGUAUGAACUUGUAAUAUCAAGAUUUAAAAGGACAAUGUAUCUUUCGAGUAUUUUUAUUUCCUGUUGGUAAAUUUGUCAAUUACAAUUUCCAUAGCCAGCAGAACAAAAUUGUGAGUAAGCUGACAUUCUUUUAACUUCUGCUAUCAGUGAAGAUGGAGCAAAGUGGACAAAUUAUCUUUUGAAGAGAGAGAGAGACCUUGUUAUGGUGUACAAAUGCAUGCUUACGUAUUUUGAGUCUGGUGUUAUGAGCUGUUAAAAAUAAUGAGUUUUAUUAAAUAGUGACUUUAGCAGCAUGAUAUUUCGUAGUUUACCUGAGACAGUUGCCAAAAUCAUGGCUUAGGAAAUGUUGAGAGAAGUUACCAUUAAUUCUUAGUUAUAACAACCUAUACCGAGUUCAAUUCCUUUGUCCUGCAGGUAAGACUUGCACUUUAAACACGGGAAUUAUCAAAGUCUUAUUCCUGAACGUGUCCUUUGUGCUACUACUAGUAUACAGAAUCCAAAAAACACGUGGACUUAACCCUUGUUUGGGUUCACUUUAGACAAUGUGUAUUCGAAGCUCCUCGUAAAGUAAGGAAUGAAAUACCUAAUCUAAUGGUGUUAGCCUGUAAUAAAGAAGUCCAUAUUUGUGUAUAUAUAUAUAUUAUCAUAGACAAUCUUUUAAGUAAAUAUAAUGCUUUCCUGAUCAUCAAAGUUAUAAAUGUGAUUUAUUACAAAAUACAUUAAAACGGAAUACUUUAUAUGCGAAUCUCCAUAUGUACGUAUGUAGGUUUUUUUUUUUACUGGUAUUACUUGUAUUGGUUUUGUAAUUUAGUUAGGAUACAGGUUUUACAAUCAGUUAGAUAUCUUUUUUAUUGUACCCUCUUUUAUUUAUAUAUGUAUGCAGUAUUAUAUAUAUAUUUUUAUUUAUCGUAUCAGUAUUUACAGAAUCAUGGUCUUCCACAAAUAAGUAGGAAAUAAUAUUGUAUCACUGAUCUUCUACGUCAAGUUUAUUUAUAAUAGGUGGGAAAACGUUCCCCACUCCUGGUUGUUGUAGAGAAACUUCCAGAAUAUGAGCAUGCUCAACUAAUGGAUCACGACAAUCUAAUUAUUACGUGUUUUUUUUUUUAUUGACUUUGCAUUCCUAAUGUUAUAUCAAUAUAUUAGAUCAGUGCUAUUCAUUACUGGCAUCUGAUUGGUGCAGGCAGCCUGCUCCGAUUGGAAUUUAAUGACAGCUAUAUAUUUUAUCUUCUCAAAGGAAGGGGUUCUCAAUAAAUACGUAGCUCAUAAAAGUAAAAAAACAAAACAAAACGACUUGUAAUAAAAAAAUAUAUAUCUUAAAUCCUAAUGAAAUUAUUACUUGUAAAGAUUUUGUAUUAGUUGAAUUCCAAGGUACACGUAAAGAAUCAGUCUUUCUUCACUGGAAACUGAAAAUGGAUCUUGUCGUAUAAAUCAGUGUAAUGCAACAAGGAUUUCAGAUUUUAACUCAAUAGUUGUAUGUGUUAUACAUGUGUGAAAUGUAAUGAUAUUACGGAUUAUUUUAUUUUAUUAUUUUUCGGCCGUUUUUAUCCAUUAUUGUUGCACAAUUUCUGUACAGAUUAAUAAACAAAUCAGGGAGGAAGGUUAAUAUAUAAUAUUUAAUUUAUUAGAAAAAACGAUGAAUAAAUUAACCACAAUAACUGUAUUUUACCCCAUUAGUGAUGAAUUCCUCUCAAUAAAAAAAAUUACUUUCACCCCCCCCCCAGUGGCACAGCGGUAUGUCUGCGGACUUACAACG